AUGAAUGAAUGUUUUGAAUAAUGCCUAUCUAUGCAGUCAGGCAAAAAUAAGAGAUAACGAAGUCCGAUCUCGGUGAAAUUUGCUACUUAACGCAGUUUCUAAGUAACCAAAUAAACCAAAUCUGAUAAUGAUUAGUAACGAUUAGUUUUGGAUUAUUCAAGAUAAGGAUUAACCAUUUUUAAUGUAAUUUAUCGUUUAUCAUCGAAGGAUGGAAUGAUGUGGAAUGGUCUUUUACAUCUGAUUUUAAAUGAAAACAGGCUAAAAGAAUUUGACACAAAUAUUUUAAAAAAGACUCCAUUUCUAUAACAUCUAUCAUUGGAAGAUAAUUAAUUGCAAACCUUUGGCCCUAUUCAAUAAGGCGAUGCUCCUAAGUUGUCUACUCUUAAUAUAGCAAGGAAUCUCUUGAAAUAAAUUGAUCCUUCCAUAUGCAAACUGCAAUUGAAGAAACUGUAUAUAUAAUAAAAUUACUUUACUAAUAUUACUAAACAAAUUGUGGAUUUGAGCUCUACUUUGGAAGUGCUGGGAUUGGGUUGGGGCAUAUUUUGUUAAUCUUAAUUUGAUUUUUUAUUAGAGGAUUAGAAGUUGAAAGUGUUUUUCACUUUGAUGGAAGCGAUGUCUAAUGAAUUAACAUUUGAAUAAUACAUAAUGAAUUAUAAAUCAAUCAGCAAUGCAGUUAUUGUUACUUAGGGUGACCUCCUGAAUGAUAGCAUAAAUUCUCAAAACGAACAACUCCUCACCCAAAUCAAGGAGUAGCUGAAUUACCAUUCACUUGAGAUUGAGACUUAAUUGAAUUACAUGAAUGAUUACAAACAAAAUCUCAUGCAUUUAGCAGUGGUUUAUGACGAAAUUGGGAUUUUAGAUUUCCUAUUAAAUCAUCAUUUGGACUUGGCUAAUUAAGUCGAUCUCAAAGGACACACACCAUUAAGUCUGGCAAUCGAAAAAAAAUAUUACCGUUUGGUUUCUGUGAUACUGAAAUUCAAUGUGAAUGUGAAUUUGGGAGGUGGAUUGCAAUCCUCGAAUUUGCACAUUGUAGCCUAGCAAUGUCAAGUGGAAUUGCUCUAAGAUUUAAUAGAUUUAGGAGCAAACCCUGCUUAAUAAGAUAUUUUUAAGGAUACUCCAUUGCAUAUCAUAAGUUCAUAUGGUGAUCAUAAAAGAGUAAAAUAGUUUUAUUAAGUUCUAUUGCAACAACCAUUUGAUGUAAAUCAUUAAAAUUUGAAAGGUUAAACUUGUUUGGAAAUUCUAAUAGAAAAAAACAACUUUCUAACAUUGCAGUUUUGUAGUGAAUGGAAUACAUCGUAGAUUAGACAAUUUAAUGAUUAAAAUCUAUUCAAUUUUUGCAGCAUAAAUCCUCAUACAAAAUUAUCCUUAUUGGAUAAAUCAAUUAUAACCAAAAGUUUGAUGAUUCAAUAGUUUUUAGUUGAUUUCUAACUUGUUCCAAUUACUUACUAAACGUUGAUGCUUUGUUUCUUACCAAAGAUUCGUAAUGUUUUUUUGUAUAAAAUACUCAAGAAAUAAUAAUAGAUUUAAAUUAGAAAUUCACUCAUUCAUUAAGAUGGCAAUUUGAAUGAAGAUAAUGAUGGGAUUUUAAAUGUUUCUCCUCAAGUAGAAGCAGUUGGUAAAUUGAAUGUGAGUGAUGAGAAUGGUUCUUUUGAUGAUGAUUAAAUGAGUAAUAUUAGUGAUAAUGCACCUGGUUAAGUAUCGGAGAAUUUAAAGUAAUUGAACAGUUGGACUCCUAAAUUUCAAAGUUUAAGAAGUGGAACUAUAAAUUUCAAGAAAUCCUUUUACGAUAUCUUAUCUAAUAUAACUGAAUGCAUUCCAGAUGAUGAGAUAUCUGUGAUUCAUUAUAACAAGGAUAUCAUCAAUAAUAAUGGGAGUAAGUUGGUUACUAAAAAGAAUAUGGAUGAAAUUUAUACAUCAAGAUUAGAACAUAAAUUAACUAGAGGGAAUAGGUAGAAUUUGAAAUAGCAUAAUUAUUCUCCUAAUAAUAUUCGAAUGAUUGAAAAUAGAAAUUCGAUAUUUAAAUAUGAUAACUAUCAAUAAAAAAGAUAAUUAGCAAUUUUUUAAAAGCAAAUGCGCUAAAUUAUUAUUAGUCUCCAAAAUAAUUUAAGGGAAUCUAAUCAAUAAAAUGAGGAAGUCAUAGGUGAGUAUUUUAGAACUCAAUUCAAAAUUUUAGAUCAGUUCUUAACUUCCAAAAUAGGAAAAGAAUUAAUCAUAAUUGAUAAACCUCUCCAAACUGAAAUUAGAACAUUAAGAACCUUGAUUUAACAAGAUAGAUUCAAAACCAAGAUUAUCAAUAAAGUAAUUGAUUUGUUUGACUUAUUGAAAUGA